UCCUCCCACGAGCUGUCAGAGCAGCUUGUUGCGCGAGCAGCUUUUUGGUAAACUAAGUUGAGUUCGGCGUUAAAUUCUAAACCAGUUGCCUGACAAAUCCCGCUUGGCGUGGACCGACAAGAAUGUUCGCCUCGGUUAAACAACAAGCCUUAAUUCCCUUGACUUAACGAGUCAUCUGCCGCAGUUCCCAUCGAGCUCUUUUGCCGUCUGCGUGAUUUGUGGUCCAGAAACGGCGCAGCAGCGGCAGGUCGUGGUAACCAGAUCCUGGACAGAAGAAAGUGCCUUCUCUGACGACGUUCCUACUUGAAGCUGCACGCCGCUCCCAUCCUUCACUGUAAACAUCGCUGGCUUGGGCUCCAAACAGAUCUCAAUUCCUCAGAAUUGCCAUAAGUACAAAGAAACGACACACUUUUCCCAUUCACUGACUUUAUUAGAUAUCGUUCCAAGGACAGCCGUUGCCUUUAGAUAUUGUCAAGCUCAAGACCUUUUAAAGACCUGGAGCAUGUUCUUAUUGUCGCGCCAUUGUUGUGCACCUGGGACUAAAUGACUGAUGAGCCAGACUGACAGCUUCACUGAUAGCCACCAUCUCCCAUGCGACAGCCAGCCGGGGUCUGAAUGUCACGUCUCUAUUUAAAGGACCUCGUCGACAAACCUCAAAACUAGACACAAAACAACACAGAAAUACGUUUGCAGAAUAUUUAAACCCGAAGCAAGAAUCCCGCAACCGUCACCAUAGAGCCUGCAGGUUCCCAAACAGCUAUGGCUUUAAACAUCGCGUCGAUGCGAGACACGAAGUGGCUGACGCUCGAGGUGUGCCGACAGUUUCAGAGAGGGACGUGCUCACGCAGCGACGAGGAAUGCAAAUUCGCACAUCCGCCCAAGAGUUGCCAGGUGGAGAACGGGCGGGUGAUCGCCUGCUUCGACUCGCUGAAGGGUCGGUGUACGAGAGAAAACUGUAAGUACCUUCAUCCACCGGCACAUCUGAAGACGCAGCUGGAAAUCAACGGACGCAACAACCUCAUCCAGCAGAAGACCGCAGCAGCGAUGCUGGCACAGCAGAUGCAGUUCAUGAUCCCUGGCACCACCAUGCAACCAGUGCAUACAUUUCCUGUCAGCCAAGGUCUGGGCUCGAACCCUGGAUUGAGUUACGCGCAGUAUCUGACUCCCAUGAGCCACGGCAUGAGUCUGGUCCCCACAGAGAUGCUCCCCAGCACCCCUGUCAUUGUCCCCGGCAGCCCGCCGGUCAGCAUGCCGAGCUCAUCCUCCACACAGAAGCUCCUGCGCACAGACAAACUCGAGGUGUGUCGCGAGUUUCAGCGGGGCAACUGCGCACGCGGCGAGAACGACUGCCGCUUCGCCCAUCCUAGCGAUAGCCCUAUGAUCGACACGAGCGACAACACUGUCACCGUGUGCAUGGACUUCAUCAAGAGCCGCUGCUCACGCGAGAAGUGCAAGUACUUCCACCCUCCGGCGCACCUGCAGGCCAAGAUCAAAGCAGCCCAGCAUCAGGCCAACCAGACUGCCGUCGCCGCGCAGGCCGCCGCUGCAGCCAUGACUCAGUCGACUGCCAAAGCAAUGAAGCGACCCCUCGAGGCAUCUGUAGAUCUGGCGUUUCCCCAUGGAGUCCUGCAGCCCCUACCAAAGAGACAGGCACUAGAAAAGAGUAACGGGGCCAGCACGCUCUUCAACCCCAGUGUCUUGCACUACCAACAGGCUUUGGCCAAUGCACAGCUCCAGCAGCCCACCGCUGCGUUCUUUCCCACAGGGUCAGUUCUGUGCAUGGCUCCUGCUAGCAGCAUUGUACCCAUGAUGUACAGUGCUACGCCUGCUACUGUCUCUGCAGCAACAACUCCUGCCACAAGUGUCCCCUACGCAACAACAGCACCAGCCAAUCAGAUCAUCUUGAAGUAAACCACCGAAGAGGAACAACGGGGUGUCAGGAAGCUGCUUUGAGAAACCCAAAAAGAUCCCCGUGUAAAUACGACCUACCCUCCUCCCCUUUAGAAUUACAGCAACCUGCAUGCUAAAGCGUAACACACAGAACACACACACCGUAUACCUGUUAAUUCUCGGAAAGGUGACUCAACCGAUUUCUAACUUAAAAAAACGAGACUAGAAAAUAUAAACGAGUAUCUAUAAAUAUAUAUGUAUGUUAAUGUACAGCACGUUUCAUAGAGGCAUAAGUGAGAUUUCAUCCGAAUGAUCGGUCACCCGUCAGAUAAUGUGUAUUUUUCUCCCAUAGUUGUUUUAAAUACAAAUGCACAAUGAGUGAGCGACGAGCGAGGGGACACACACACACACACACACACACACACAUGGUUUGCACUGUCAGAAAUAGUGCUUAAUAAUAAGUGCUUGAUUGUCUUGAACGGGAGGACGUCUCCUGCAGAGGAUGUCUUAAACUUCCCCAUGCACCCUCUAGAGAGGGGAAAUAGGGACUUUGUUUCUUAUUUUAAUUUACAAAAACACAGAAUGUGACAUGGCGUACACACAGAAGAUUGUCUACUGGUCAAAAUGCACCUCCCUUCUUGGACUCGAGCUGUCUUUGGAAAGAUGUUAUUCCCAACUCUUCAUCCCCACUGGCCAAAGAAAGGUUUACAAGGACACAAAGCGCAUACUGAUUUGAAAACCUGUCAGUGUCGCGAGUGCGAAUGUGGCAAACCGCGUGCCAUGCAACCACGUUUCUGUCUGCGUCUCUCCUAAAGUACUGUGUUUCACUCUUUCCUUUUUUGUUUUAAAUGGACGCUGAAUGAUUUCGAUGUGUCUGUGGAAACACUGGCCAUCUGGGAGUCGAUUCUGGCUUCUAUCCCGUGCCAAGGGCUUAUUGAACAUUAAACUGGAGAGCUGCUGUAAACAAACUCACACACGAAACGGACUUCUUCUCCAAAUUGUCUGGGGCCUGUUCGUAGUCCCACUCACACGGUGCCCAGCGAACGGAAAUGACGAGGGGGAAACAUUGCAGUAGACUAUCUUUGAGGCGUUGUGAAUGGAGAGCCCUGCGCUCUCGCCGAUAAACCUGUUUUAUUUGAUAAACAGUAGAAGUGCCUAAAAAAAUCUAUUUUACACAGCGAGCAUCUUGAGAAGAUGACUUUAUGUGGGGUUUGGGGGUUAUAAAAACAUUCAAAGUGAAGCUCCCGAAAUGAUUUUGGCCAGACGAGUGAUGAAAACAAAACAAAACAACAACAAAAAAGUUAAAUGCAUUUCAUGCACAUCAUGGUCUGUUUCAUUACACAAUGUCGAUGUUGCUAGAAUUGGUGUGAGACGGCACAGGCAGAAUGUUUGUUUUGUUGUACCGUGUUAGCUUUUAUGCUUUCUUGGAGUAGGUGACAUUGGAAAUGUAAGGAACUUGGAGCUCAAUGUCUGUAACACACGUGAAGUUUUGAGUUUGGUAAAUGAUUGUCAUUGCAGUGUGUUCUUAACCAGUUAUGUGGACUGUCUGUUAAAGGGACAGUUCAUCCAAAAUUUGCUGAAAAUGUACUAAACUGAGAUUUAGAUGA